AAUCUCCCAUCUUGCAAACUAUCACUCUUACCAUAAAAAAAUCAAACAUUUCUCAGUCAACAAUGGCCUCUCGUUCUUGCUUCCUCUUGGCUUUGCUUGUUACCUUAGCAACCCUAAACACGAGCCUCGCGGCUCGCCGUCUUUUAGACAGUACUCCUGCGCCCGAAUCCGCACCGGUUGUACCAACUCUGCCUUCGAUACCGACACUUCCAAAACUGACGAUUCCGACUGAACUGCCACCAAUGCCGUCCAUUCCAACCAUUCCAUUGCCAAAGCUUGCAGCCCCGCCCAUGCCUGAGAUCCCGAUCACUUUGCCCAAAGAAUUGCCUCCGAUGCCCGCCAUGCCCACCAUUCCUUCUAUUCCGGAGAGCAUUCCUCCGAUGCCUUCUAUUCCCAAGACGAUUCCAUCCAUCCCCGGCGUUCAGCUUCCUCCCAUUCCCUUCUUAACCCCGCCACCCGCGACCACUAGCCCGUCUACAAAUCAACAACCAAACAGUUUUACUCCAUUAUAUCCCCUCCCCUCAUUAUCUAUAAAUAGCACUCUCCUCUGCGCUAGUUCUCACAACAAGCAAACUCAUCAAUCUUGCAAACUAGUAUUCCUAGCAUCAAACAUUCCUCAUCCAACAAUGGCCUCUCAAUAUUCUUGCUUCCUCUUGGCUUUGCUUGUUACCUUAGCAACCCUAAACUCGAGCCUCGCAGCUCGUCGUCUUUUAGACACUCCUGCACCCGAGUCAGCACCGGUUGUACCAACUCUGCCUUCAAUACCAACACUUCCAAUACCGACAAUUCCGACCGAACUACCACCAAUGUCAUCCAUUCCGACGAUUCCAUUGCCAAAAUUCGCAGCACCGCCCAUGCCUGAGAUUCCAAUCACUUUGCCCACUGAAUUGCCUCCAAUGCCCGCCAUUCCUGCCAUUCCCACCAUUCCUUCUAUUCCGGAGAGCAUUCCUCCUAUGCCUACAAUUCCAUCGAUUCCUGGGUUACAGAUUCCGCACAUCCCUUUCUUAUCCCCACCUCCCGCAACGACAAGCCCAACAUCAAAACAAACCAAAUCAACUCUUGCAAACUAUUACUCCCCAGCAUCAAUACCUCUUUCACCAAUGGCCUCUUAUUCUAGCUUCCUCCUGGCUUUGGUUCUUACAUUCGCAACCCUAAAUAACAGCCUCGCAGCUCGCCGUCUUUUAGACACUCCAGCACCUGAAUCCGCACCGGCCGUGCCAACUGUACCUUCAGUACCAACACUACCAAAACCGACAAUUCCAACCCAAAUGCCUCCAAUGCCAUCCAUUCCGGCCACACUCCCAAAACCCUUGUUGCCACCAAUGCCUACUAUUCCCCUACCAAAGCUUGCUGCCCCACCCAUGCCUGUGAUCCCGAUCAUUGUGCCCACCACAUUGCCUCCAAUGCCCGCUAUUCCCACAAUUCCUUCUAUUCCACUGAGCAUUCCCCCGAUGCCUUCUAUUCCGAAGACAAUUCCAUCAAUUCCUGGGGUACAGAUUCCGUUCAUUCCUUUUUUCUCCCCACCUCCUGCGACUGCUAGCCCCUGAAGGCUAUUAUUACACAGUAGGCAGCAGGGAGAGACCUAUUCUCUUUGUUAGUUUGAUGGUGUUGUAUUAGUUGUUGUUAUUGUCACAUUACUAUGCAUGGUUAUUAUUCUUGCAUUGUCAGGAUUGUAUUUUGCGCCUGAUAUUAUUUAGGCGCCGGUCUGUUUGAUUGUACUUUCAUUACAUUGUUAGUGUUUUGUUGGUAUUCAUACUACAUA